AUGCUCCCUAUCGCUAACUUGAAUCUCAAAGACCUGUACCAAUCAACCUUCGAAUUCUUUACCUCGCUUAGUCCUUCCUUUUCUUUCAGUGCUUUCAGCGCUGAAAACUCUGUCUCCGACUUAUCCUUUCCGUUGACGCCGACAGACUCGACACCGAGACCGAAAAACCUGUCUGCAGACGAAGAGUCCACUUCAUUACGUGACAGAUUGGAUGCUGCCGAACGUACUGACUCUCACAAUUCGUCCUUUUGUAAUCCCUCGGUUGGCGCCUCUGUUGCAGCCUCUACUCUUUAUUCAAUGCGCCGCGAAAACGAUGCUAUAAAAAACGAACUAUCCAAAACAAAAGCAGAAGUCGCUCGCUGGGAGGAGAGGUAUAAAACCCUCGAGAAGACCCUCAAAGAAACGAGAGACCUUUUGAAGGUCAGAGACCAGGAAAUCCAGGUGCUUAAGGAGCGCGAAAGGCACUCACCCGAGCAUCAUUUCCGUUCCACUCACUUCGGUCGUCGACGAAGCUGUGAUCCCGCACAUCAGCGGUCAGACUCAUCUCAGUCUCGACAGAUCCGACUGAGCGCUGACUGGUCAGACAUCCGUGACGAUACCUUAUCACAGGCCAACGGCAAUCAUCGCCGCAAUGGUAGCGACCCUUACCCAGACAACAUGUCUACCGUGUCCGAAGAAGAGAGAGCCCAGUCUCGCAGCUUAGAGACCUUCUUGAACAAGAUUGAUUUGUGGUCUGGAGCGCAGGUCAUACAAGCUGUACAAGAUCUCAACUCUGAAAUUCUUCAGUUUGCAGCAUCUGCCACAGAACUUUGCACGUUCUCGAAGCAGCGCCCUAACUCAGCAAAGGUUACGCAAGCUUCCUCCGAAGUUGCCACGAGGUUGGGUGCUGCCCUGAGUCGCUUAUUGGCAACUCGGGAUCACUCCCAAGAUCCUAUGCUUGUUCAACUAGCUCUCCAGGGUUGCAUCUCGUACUGCAUAUCUAGAGCACUAUCGUCAUUUUGCAUCGGUUACCAGUCCAAGGCCAACAUCACCCUGACCCAGAUCUAUACCCAUAUGUUCCACUCAGAACCUCAACCAACCUCGUCACGAUGGAGAGCGCUGACUCAUAAACACAUUCAUGAGCUCCACCCCGAACUUAAUGAAUAUGCAAUCAAUGAGAUGACGGAAACGAUCUUUCGUUGGUCGCUAGACAUUUUUCUCAUCUCUGGUAGCACCAAUCCCCAGCCCAAUCCGGCUUCGCGCGAGAACUUCCGUGCAUGCUUCGGGGCCCAAGUCAAACGGAUCUCGAAGGCCGCUUGCAGGCUAGCGCAAGUGACGAGGGAGGAGAUUAUGUCGGCGAACUUCGAGGUUAUCGCUGCGGAUAGUGGUCAGCUGUUUGACGGGCAGGAGAUGAUGGAUGCGUUUGAAGACUAUGGAUCAUCGGAUGGCGUUGUUCUGUGUACAACGGAACUAGGCUUACGUUGCUCGGCAAGAAAAGCUACGAGCGACGCGCCAGCUUCGGAAGAAAGCAUAGAUCGGCGUAUACUGUUGCGACCCAAGGUGGUUCUUGAAUCUGUUGUAGAAGUUAUCGAUCCGCGAUGA